ACUAGGUAUGUAAAAGCUAGAUUUUUGUCGUAACGGGAUUUCUGUGUGUAUGGACUAUUGCUGUCGCGGCUUGUUAACGACAUAGUUCGAUAAGAUUUCAAGUAAAAUGAGCAGUGGUGGCAGUGGAGAAAGUUUAAAUUCCUCUGAUGCAGAGGAAGAAGUAGGGCAAGAACGACCUCUAUCAGCUGUAGCUCCCAGACUCAAUGUUGAAGAAGAAACUCCUGUAAUAGAUAUUUCUGAAACUCCAGCAUUUCUGUGUUUAGAUGAGUUAUUUUCUACCGGAAAAAUCACUGGGACCAGACUUGCUGAAUUGAAGGCCAAGUACACUUUUUUGCGUGAGACAUUGAAAAGCACUCAAGAAUCAGAAAUUCAGUUGCUUCAGAAUGCUAAGCGAUAUACUGGAGAGUUGGAAAAGCAACAGCAGGUGCUUGAAAAGGCUGAUCAGUUCCCUGAAGGCUUUAACACUGAGGCCAGUAAGUUGAGGCAACAGCUCCUUAAAUACCAGAACGACCUAGAUGAAGUUGAAGAAAGAGAGUAUGAUUUACAGUAUAAAUUUGAAUGCUUGAAGGAAGAGAAGAAGAUUUUGGAGCGCGAGUAUAAUAGGAUCCCUAAAGCAGGAGAAUUAGAAAAGAGGGUUAAAACAUUGAAAGAAGAUUGUGAUGAACUGCAAAAAGAGAUCACACAGAGAAGAUUAGAUAUCAAAACAUUAAAAGAAGACAUGGCUGCUAAACAAAAAGAAAUCCAAAGAGAGCAAAAAGAAUUGGAAGAAAAAUUAGAACUGCAAGAGAAUCUUAAGAAUGAACUGGUGCAAGUGCAUGCUGUUCCUGUACAGCUGGGAAAGGAGAUGGAAAGAAUAAACAGGAAAAAAAUAGAUCUUGAGAAAAAGAAGGAAGAUCUUGAGGAACAGUGCCGUGAUCUAAAUGCUAGUUUGAAACAAACUGAAAAGAAGUGUCAAAAAAUAAUACUAGAGAAAGAAGAUACAAUAAAGGAAGUAGAUGAUAAAAGGACAUUGUUAGAAAGCAAGGAGAGAGAAUUCAAUCAGCUCACAAAACAGUUAGAAAUGGUCAAAGAGGAUGAAACUGCAGCCAUAGGAGAAAGAGCUGUGCUGCAUUUAAACUUUCACCAUCUUUUAAUGGAGAAGAAGACACAACAUGAGACAUUAUCACGUAAGCAGAGGGAAAAAGAAAGAGAUUUACGUAGUCUGAAAAAAUUGGAAUUGCAUCUCAAAUUAAUUAAUGAUGCUUUGGCCCAAAUACAAUCCCAAUAUGAUAAGGUAAAAUUGCAGCUUGAUGCUGUUCCUAAAGAUGAUGGAAGUUUAUUGGAAAGGAGAAAUGAACUUCAAAAAGAAGUUGAAAUUAUCAAAAGAAACUUAUCAAAACAACACUCACUGACUGAAGCUGAAGUUCGCAUAUUGGAGCAGUGCAUUGCUGAAGAACAGUACCUCAUUAAGGAGCAAGGUAACUACAGAGAGGAAAUGAUUAAUCUAACUCGCCUAGCUUUAAUCAAAGCUGAUGAGCGGGAACAAAAAUCAAGAGACCUGCGAAAGGCUGAGCAAAGACAUACUCGAAGCAUUGAGGAACUCAAGGCCAAAGAUCUUAUCAUUCAAGAUCACAAGAAGAAGAAACAAGAAGUUCAUGUCAGACUCAGAGAAUUUGCCAAAAUGUAUGAUAUUAUCAGAAAUGAAAGAAACAAGUGUAUCAGCUUAAUUCAGUCUGCUGCUCAGAGGGCUGCUGAAAUGCGAGAAAAGAUCAAAAUUAUAGAAAAUGAAAUUGAAAUCCUUAGAACAAAUGCCCUAAACAAAGACAAAAUGCUGCAAAAGUAUAUCCUGAAGCACUCAAGUAGUCACAUGGUCAGGGACAGCCUAAAAAAUGAUGUUGCAAAAGUGAGCAAGUUACUUCAAGAAAUGAAAGAGAGAAGGGAGCAGCAGAAGCUGGAAACUGGCAGACUUACUAGUAUGAUUAACCAGCUUGAGGAGGACAUGGUAGAGCUGCAGAAGAAAUAUGAAACAGCUGUUAAGAAUCGUAAUGACAGGGGAGUACAGCUGAUUGAGAGAGAAGAGGAGGUGUGUAUUUUCUAUGAAAAAGUGAAUAUUCAAGAAACAGUGGUAAGAAAUGGAGACAUAGAGAUGCAGUCCUUAGAUGAAGAGAUCCGGUUCCUAAAAAUGCAGCUUCUGGAGGAAAGGAGACAGACAGAACUGAUUCACAAAAAUCUGCCAAACAAAAAAGCACUAGAAUCAAUUCUGGUUACAUUACAGAUACAGCUCUCACAGUGUAAAGACAGGAUCAAAAGUCUAGAGAAACAUUUGGAAGACCCAGAGAAGGAAAACAGAGUUCGUUUACUAGAAGGAAAAGACCCAUCAAUCAAUGAGCUGUUCAAGAAGAUUGAAGAGCUUGAAACACGCUUGGCAGAGAAAGAGGAGCUGCUUCUGGAAAAGGAUUUGAUCUACGAUCAGGUGACACGGCUUUCAGAAAGAAUUCGGACAAAGGCUGAGAAUGGCAAACUUGACACACUGACCCUAGCAAAGAAGGUAAAUGAACUGCAAACAAAGAUAAAAGACUCUACAAAGAAGAUAAUGGCUGUGGUCUCAGAACUUUCUAUGCAGCAAGCAAGCAGCAUUAAAUUACAGCAGGAAAUCCGAGAUAAAGAGCAGUUCUUGGAAUCAUGUUACAUGAAGAUGGAACAAGGUUUUCCUCCAAGUGAAGAUUUUGAAUACGAGUGGUUAAAUGUAUUAAAGAAUGAAAAACACCACAAAAUGGAAAGGGAAGAAAGAGAAAAGGCUGCAGAGGAAGAAGAACAGCAUAUAUUACCUAAUGGAAGUUAUACAACAGCAGAGCAAAGACCAAAUGCAUACAUACCUGCGGAAGAUACUGCACUCCCGAUUCCACGGCCAUAUGGUGCAUUGGCACCCUUCAAACCCAGUGAGGCUGGAGCAAACAUGAGGCAUAUAAGGAAACCCACAAUCAAGCCAAUUGAAAUUUAAU